AUGAAUGGGACAGCGGUGAGUGAAUCAACAAAUGGAAGCGAAUUGAGUCGAUCUGAUAGUUUAAAGGCGGAAGAAUCGAAUGUGUUGAAGGAUUGGGAUCCAAAAGUACUCUUGAAAUCUCUUUAUGAGAUUUCGUAUGAGCCGAGAGUCGAGACAAAACGAAACAGAUUUAUUCCGAUGGAAGGACACAUUGAAGUGCCAGCUGAUGAAGUAACAAAAGCUGAUGGUUUGGAUAAUGAGGGAUGGAUGAAACAAUAUAUUAGGAAUAAGGAGGGAAGAUUGCAAAUUUUUGCGGUUAGUUUUGGGCAAAACAUUUUAGUUAUGGUGGAAAAUGUUGAUGAAAACUCAGUUUUUAAAUUUUGUUUACAAUAACUUUGAAGAUUCUUGUUACAAAAAUCAAAAAAAUUCACAAACGUAUUCGAAAAUUGAACAAAACUAGAAUACAACAAAAAGUGAUUUAAAUUUCAAAUUCAAACGUGAACUAUGACGUGGCAAAACCUCAAACAUCAUUUCAUAACUAUUUUUUACGGGAAAAAUUGAAUCUUCCCCAUUUUGCAUUCCCGAAUUCCAUAUGCCUCCUUUUUGAGAAAUAUGAAAAAAAUUCCUCUCAAAUUUUUCCGUAAGUCUUCUUUUCCACGUCCUAGGUACGACUUUUUUACCUUCCUAAAAAUCUUCAAUUUUCAAGUGACAGCAUCAAUUUUUCAUGAAAUUUGACCUUCAACCGAUUUUGCAACAAAAAAGCGGAAGUGCAAAGUUCGUUGAACCAAAAAAUCGGCUGAAAGUCGAUUUCCAGAAACGUAUUUUGCUGAUCAAAAAACAUUUAAAAAAAUCCGGAAGUGCGACAAACACGAGUGGAAUUUCUCAGAAAUUCACUUCAAUUUUUGAUCUUCGGAAACGAAACAUUCAUGAAUUUUCUAUUUUCAGACGCACUACGCCGGUGAAGCCCCUGCACAAGAAUUAAUCCUAUCCGGUGCUGACGUGGAUGCCAACAAAGAUGAGAGAACUUUGACAAUUCAUGGAGGCCGCGAACAUGUCAAAUAUUAUUGCAGGUAAGGAUUUCAAUGUUUCGGAAGUAUUUGAUUUACAAAAAAAUCAAUAACUUCUAGAGUUCCCUCCGCAUUAUUCGACAAAUGGCGACAAUCUUUCUUAUCACAUUGUGCUUCAUCACAAAUCGACGCCUAUGUCAAACCAAUUCCUCGAGCAUUUCAACAUUUGACAGAAAGAGUAUUGAUUUUGGAACUUGGUUCGAGUUCGAUUCGCGCAGGAGUUUUGACAACUGAACCAUCUUUACCACAAAGCUUUUUCCCUUCAAUCGCAGUUCGAACUGACGAUGGAAAAAUUAUUGUUGGAGAAGACGCCUAUAAACCAGAAAUCAGACAUAAUGGACAUUUUGUUCGACCAAUUCAAGCAAUUGAUCCAUCAGUUGAAAGAUAUUCAAUCGACAAAGAAGUGUUAGAAGCUGUUAUUUUGAAAGUUAUCAAAGAUUUACGAAUCGAACCAUUCAAAUAUAAAGUUCUUCUAUCAAUCCCGCAAAAUAUACCAAGUGUUUUGAUCGGUGAAUUAUUAUCAAUUUGUUUGAAUGAUAUCAAAUUCCAAGGUGCCGCAAUUACAAGACAACCAUCUUUAAUUUUAUACGCUUAUGAUGUUACAACUGGUGUAGUUGUGGAUAUUGGUGAAAGAUUGAAUAUUGUACCAGUUAUUGAUGGAUAUGUUGUUGAAUCAGCUAUUGCUUCAAUUCCUUAUGGAUCACAACAAAUGGGAGAUUCAUUAAGAAACUCGUUGAGUGCUAGUAAUAAGGGAUUAUAUUCAUUCCAAAGUCCCGUAGAAAAAUUGAUUUUACGUUACGUUAUGGAGCAAACUACAUAGAUUCCGGAAGAUUACCAAAAAGAAGAGAAGGGAGAGAAUCGUGAGACAAGGAUUUCAUUGGAUUCGUUUGAUACAACACCAGGAAUGACUACUAGAUUUGAUGUAAGUUUAGCCCUCACAACCAACAAAAUGAGAAAAAAAUUAUAAAAUGUUGUAGAUCGAUAACUCGCGAUUUUUGUGCACCGAAGGAUUAUUUAAGCCGAAAAAAUGGGGAUUGGAUACUAAAGGACUUCACCAACUCAUUCAUGAAGCAAUCUUACAAAGUCCAAUUGAUAGUCGACGAGUUUUAUAUAGGAAUAUUUAUCUAGCUGGAGGUGCUUCACUUAUGCCAGGACUCGCUGAAAAAUUAGAGCAAGAACUCUCGACAGUUGUUCCUAACACAAUUCAUACACAAGUGAAUAUUUCGCCAUGGAGGUAUAAUGCGGCAUAUUUGGGAGCCCAAAUCGUUGCAUCUGCUUCGACAUUUGAAGACUCUUGCAUUUCGGCUGACAAACUUCCCAAAUUUAUUGCACAACUUCAAGCAUCCUCUUUCUAA